AUGGGAGCGGAUGACCCACUCUGCUCGGAACCUAUCGUAUCCGUAGAAUUCGAGGUCUUCGGCAAAGUUCAGGGUGUCUAUUUCACAAAAUAUGUGAGAGACAUAUGUCUACAACUGGGAAUUGGCGGUUGGGUGAAGAAUAGUAAAAAAGGAACAAUUCUUGGACAGAUGGAAGGCCCAAAAGCUAUUGUGGAUCAAAUGGCUGAGUGGCUGACAAAGGUGGGAAGUCCGGGCAGUGAAAUUCAUCACUGUGAAUUUACAAACUGGGAAAAUGUUGCACGUCCGCAGUUCCAAAGCUAUGUUAUUCGGUUCUAA